AUAAGACCUAGAGAAGAGUUCGACUUCACCGAGCCUCCGACCACGUUCAAGAGGCAGAUACAAGGCGGCAACUAAAUAUGGAAUCAGUUAUAAAAGCGCGUGAACGUUUGGCAAAAUAUCCUUUAAUAUUCGCCAAGUGUUCCAAACAAAGUGCAUUGUAUGCGCGUUGUGUAUUACUUAAAGAGGAAGUAAAAAAGGACGAUUGUGCUCAAGAGUUCAAAGAAUUCUAUACCUGCUUACAAUCCGCAGCGAAAGAAUUAAAAACGAGAAUUUAA